AUGUCCAACGUCAGUCAGAUCUAUAAACGUACCGAAGUCAUUGGUCGUGGGAAAUUUGGUAUCGUUUAUAAAGGUAUCCAUAGAACUACAAGACAAAUUUAUGCUAUAAAAGUCUUGAAUUUAGAUACUUCUGAAGAUGAAGUUAAAGAUGUUCAACAAGAAAUUCAAUUCCUUUCCCAUUUAAAACAAAUACCCAACGUGGUACAUUAUUAUGGAUCUCAUUUAAAUGGUACAAAACUUUGGAUCAUUAUGGAUUAUUGUGCUGGUGGUUCCCUGCGUACUUUAUUAAAACCUGGUAAAAUUGAAGAAAAAUAUUUAGGUGUUAUUAUAAGAGAAGUAUUGAUUGCUUUACAAUUUGUUCAUAGACAAAAUGUUAUCCAUCGUGAUAUUAAAGCUGCUAAUGUCCUUAUAUCAAAUGAAGGUCGUGUUCAACUUUGUGAUUUUGGUGUUGCCGCUCAAUUAACUUCAACAAGUGUACGAAGAAAUACAAUGGCUGGUACUCCAUAUUGGAUGGCUCCAGAAGUUAUUAUGGAAGGUGCUUCAUAUGAUGUUAAAGCUGAUAUUUGGUCCUUAGGGAUAACAAUUUAUGAAAUUGCCACUGGGAAUCCUCCAUAUUGUGAUAAAGAAGCUAUAAGAGCAAUGCAAUUAAUAACAAAAUCAAAACCUCCAAGAUUGGAAGGGAAACAAUAUUCUCCUUUAUUAAAAGAAAUUAUUGCCUUGUGUCUUGAUGAAAAUCCUCAAGAACGUAUGAAUGCUGAAGAUUUGCUUAAAUCAAGAUUUGUUAAACAUCAUAAAAAUUCACAAAUUAGUUUAUUAAAAGAAUUAAUUUCAAGAUAUUUAUUAUGGAGAGAGAAAAAAUCAUCAAGAGAAAGUAUAUUAAUGAAUUUAGAAGAUGAAGCUGAUGAAAAUGAAGUUGAAUUAAAAUGGGAUUUUGAUUCAUUAAGUUCAAAUGAAUAUAUUUUGGAAAAUGAUAUAAAUGUUAAUAAUUUAAAUUUAAAUGAAGGUUCAGAAUCAUCUCCUUUAGAUUUUAAUUUUACAAAUUCUGGUGAUUAUGAUGAUGGUGAUGAUGAAUUUAUGACUGGUUAUCAAAAUUUUAAUCAUCAAACUCAAAGUAAUAAUGUUACUUAUACUAAGAAUGGUACAACUUUUGGUAAAAAUACUGGAACUGGAACAGGGACUGCUAAUUUUAAUAUUGGUUCUACUUUAAAAGCAAGUAAUACAAUGAAUAGAAAAGAAGCUCCAAAAUCUUUAUUACAAUUAUUUGAAGAAUCACCAAUUGAAGAUGAAGAAAUUUCAAAUAAUAAUCAUCUUAAUCAUCAUAAUAUUAAUCAUAAUCAUCAUUCUCAUGAAGAUAAUUAUGAAAUUCCAAAAAUUUCAUCAGCUAUUGGGUUACAUAACUUAUCAUCAAAUAAUAAUACAAAUCAUACUUCAAGAGUUUCUACUCCAAUUGUGGAAAUUGAAAUUCCAGAUAUUAAUGCUAUUGAAUCUCAAAUUCCUCAAUCUGCAACAACAUCUCAUCCACCAACUGAUUUCCCUAAACCAAGAUCAAGAGCAAAUACUUUAGUUCAUACUCAAUCUGCUGCAGGUAAUUUAGAAACAAGGAAAACUUUAGAUCCUGCAAUUCAAAGAAGACCAACAAUAAGUUCAUCAAAUCAAAAUAAUAAUCAAAAUACAUCAACAACAACAUCAUCAUUACCACAACCACAAUUACAACCACCAGUUCAUACUUCAAAUUCAUCAACUAAUUUAACUAAUUCAUCUCAACCUAAUAUUCAAUCAUCAAUAAAUUCAUUACCACCAAUCAUACCAAGAGGUACACCAUCACCAAAAAGAGAAUUAACAUCACAAGUAAAUUCACCGUCAAAAUUGAAUAUCAUUACGUCUUCACCAAGUAAACCUUCAAUGAAGGCUAUUCAUUCACCAAAUAAUCCAUCACCUUUAUUACAACCUUUAAAUGGUUCAACUCAACAACAACAACAACAACAAUCUCAAAAUACAUCACAACAAUUUCAAAAUUCAAAUAAAUCAAUGCAUGUUAAACGUAAUCAUCAAAAUUUAAGACUUCAAAUGCCAACACCAACUUCAUUACAAUUUCCAAAAUUAUUAAAUAAUAAUUCUUCAUUAGAUGAAAAUAAUCAAAUUGAUGAAAAUAUAAAUCAAUUUGGUAUUAAUGUAUCAAAUAUACCAAUGACAAUGACUCCAUUAACUGAAAAACCACCACCUUCCCAACAACAACAAACUCAACAACAACAACAACAACCAACUCAAUCAUCUACAUCAAUUGCCCCAAAACGUAAAAUGACAUUAACAUCACAAAAUCCCCCGCAAUUACCCUUUUUACAAAAUUUAAAUAAUCAAAAUCAUACAAAUUCAUCAAUUUCUUCACAUUCAUCAUCAAAUAAUAUUGAACCACCAAAUAAUAAUGAUAAUAUCUUUAUGUUUAAUUUAGAUACUUCAUUAUUUAUUGAUUCUGAAAGUUCAAAAGAUAAAAUUAAUAACAAUAUGGUGGAAUUAUUAAAUCAAUUUAGUAAUGUUUUAGGUAUUAUGGAGGAAAAACUUAAUGAUUUAAAAGAAUAG